AUGACCAACUGUGCUGUUGGUGCUGAUGGGGCAUUGAAGGAUGCCUCCGAAAUUCAAUGGUUCAACGAUGCGGAUGAUGACACACCAAUUACUCCUCCUCCUGCCAAAGACUCACUUGCUGUCCUUAUGCAAGGUGGAAGGCAGCCGGCAUCUAUCAAAGGUGGUACUCGACGCUCUUCUCGCCCUUUCAAGCCCUCUGCUCGUCUUCGAGCAGCUGAUAACACUUCACCUGAGUUGUCUUCAGGCACGCGCCCACGCAAACGGGCAUUAUCGAGUGCAGACGAUGCACCCAUCAAAAAAGUUGACAUACGAGCGGCUCCCAAGGAAGAUGACUUAGAUGACAACCUCAUCCCUCCCAUUGCCGAUGGAGAUGACUCAUCCGCUGAUGAUUCAGAGUACACUAACAAUCUCGGUAACGAAGCCGAAGAAGCCGACGACACCGAGGAAGCAUACCAGAAGACCAAGUCACUCGGAGAUGCAGACCGCCAGCGUCUCAACCCAGACACUGGGACACCUGAGGAUGGCUGGUGGUGCAAUAUUUGCAAGGAUGCAGGGCUGCCGGCUCAUCAAUCGUUUUUCAAAGGUAGUAUUUCUACGCGCCGUACACACAUUUCAAGGAAUCUGAAGUGUCAUUUCCCGGUCUACAAGAGCCGAUGCGAGGCACAAGAUAUCGCGCUGAAUGAACAUGCUAUUCCUGCAAGUGUCUGA